UAUUCGUACUGUUACGGCCGGAGUACACUUGGUCUGUCCUACAUUAGACUGGCUGAUUUAUUAACUAAACAAGCUGAAAUUAGACCAAAUAAAACAGCGCUAACUAGUGAUUACGAGAACAUCACUAAAACCUAUGACGAAUUAAAUACAGAUGUAAGUAAACUAGCUAAAGGACUAUUAGAAUUAGGAUUAAAACGUGGUGAUGUUGUUGGCUUAUGGAGUGCUAACACUUACUACUGGCAACAAAUUCAGUUUGCAUGCGCUAGAAUAGGAUUGAUACAAUGUUCAAUUAAUCCGGCGUAUCUAGCUAAUGAGCUAGAUUAUGUGCUGAGAAAUGCCCAAGUUAAAAUGCUAUUCAUGCCUGGUAGUGACAGUAAACAGGGAGCUGUCAAUAAUUUUGCCAAAGUAUUUGAUCAAGUGCUUAGUGAAUCAAAUAAGCAAAAUGAUGAUAAAUUACUUAUUGAAAAAGUAAUUAUAAUGGAUGGCGACAAAUAUAAACUCAAUAACUUAAAUAAGUUAAACAUACCUGAAUACCUAUUAAGUGAUUUAAUCGCUAAUGAUGGCAUUAUUGAACAAAAUGUGCUUGAUGAAGUCACACCCGAUGAUCCGGCAAUUAUUAUGUUUACAUCAGGAACUACUGGCAAACCAAAAGGCGCAUAUUUAACGCAUUUUACCCUUGGCAACAACGCGUUAAUAGUUGCUAACUCGUUCGAUUUGGACCACGAUGAAAAAUCAUUGUGUCUACCAUUACCAUUUUUUCACACAUUCGGUCUGCUUGGUAAUUUGGGCAUGUGUGCGCAUCCCUAUAAACUUGAUACCGAACUGCAAAUACAACGUAAAACAAAUGGUUGAGUCAAUGGCGCGAAAUGAGUGCAGCUAUUUAUAUGGCACGCCUACCAUGAUCAUUGACACGGUCAACUAUUUGGAGUCAAACAAACUCAAAUUGCCCUCGCUAAGAGGUCUAAUAGCGGGAGGUUCGCCCAUGCCCAAAGAGGUGGCCUAUCGAGUGCAAAAAGUAAUACCAAGUUGCACAGAUGUCCGGGUGGCCUGGGGUGCGACGGAAGCGGGUCGACCCAUUGAUCAUAUGGAAACAAAAAUAGUGAAUCAGGCAACGAGACAAAUUACUAAAAUCGGUGAGCCUGGUGAAAUAGAAUCUCGAGGUCAUAAUCAAAUGAUAGGUUAUUGGCGUAACCCGAAAAGUACCCAUGAUGCGAUUGAUGCCAGCGGGUGGUAUAAAUCGGGUGACCUGGCUGUUAUGACCGAGGAGGGUUUCAUCAAGAUCAUCGGCCGCACCAAAGAGAUGAUCAUAAGGGGCGGCGAAAAUAUAUACCCCCGCGAAGUGGAAGAGUUGCUACACUCACACCCGGCUAUAAGGGACGCCUAUGUGUGUGGAGUACCUGAUGAUAGAAUGGGCGAAGAGUUGUGCGCAUGGAUUCAGGUUAAAGACGCCGCUGUCAAGCCUACCGAGAGUGAGGUGAAAGAGUUUUGCAAACAAAAGAUCGCACAUUUCAAAGUACCCAGGUACGUGCUAUUCGUGGACAGUUUUCCGCUAACACCUGCCGGGAAAGUGAAAAAGUUUGUGAUGAGGGAAGAGUCAUGCGUAACGGAAAAGUCCAUAACGAUAGGUGCGGUCAAACAGGCGGCCACUGAUAUAGCGGUGGCACUACUGGACCGGGGGGUCAAUCAGUCAUCGCUGAUCGCCUUUUACGGCCCAAACUCUAUACAACAUGCAGUACUCAGAGUUGCCGUAAAACUACUGGGCGCCACAUUUAUGCCCCUCAGCCCCACCUUUGGCCAGUACGAGGUGACCGAAGAGGUCAGGGCUGUCGGUGCCGACAUUGUCAUGUGCUCGGCCAGGGAUCUUGAUAAAUUUAACAGCUUAUUAGAUAGUAAUAAUAAUGAUGAGAUUAAAUUGGUUAUCGUGUUUGACGGCAAACAUGAUGAACACGUGACGUACGACAGGCUCCGGGAAGAGGGCCAAGGGUUGGGCGUAAAGUUGGCUAAAGUGCCUCACUUUGACGUCAAAUCGAGAGACGAGACCCUGUUUUUGAUACACACAUCGGGCACGACUGGUGCGCCCAAAUGUGCCCAGGUGCCGCACAGAAUGAUUUUGAAUAACGUCCGUAUGUAUAACAAAGGUGCGGCCAGCAUGGUAAGCUCGUUCCUGUACCCGUUGGGGCACAUGUCGGGCACGUUUGCUUUGCCUAUGCAACUGUGCUCUGGCGGCACCUUGAUCAUGUUUCCCGAUUACGACGACGAGUUUAUCGCGCAAUCGGUGCAGAAAUAUCGCAUCAACUCGUUGGGCAUAUUUCCCAAUGUGGGUAAACAGAUGGUUGACCAUGGUCUGUUGGACAAGUAUGAUAUGUCCAGUUUAAAAAUGCUGGCCACCGGCGGAGCUGCGUUUCCGCCCGACACCGCCCGCGUGUUCAUUGAUAAGUACGGCUUGAUUUUUGGAGAAGGUUAUGGUAUGACUGAAUGCUGUCCGGUUACUAGCUUUCAUAUGGGUGCAAGAGAGUAUGAGCCGGGUAAUUGCGGUCAAGUAACCUCCGGGAUCGAGUUAAAAGUGGUAGAUCUGACCACGGGCGAAAGCCUGGGCCCAAACCAUGAUGGUGAAAUAUGCAUACGAGGUGCCAACUUGAUCACAGGUUAUAAAAACAAUGAUAAAGCCUGGGCUGAGGCGGUGGACGGGGAGGGCUGGUAUAGGACAGGCGAUAUCGGGCACUACGACGACAGAAAGUGUAUAUUCAUUACGGAUAGGCUUAAAGAAGUGGUGCGCAUAGGAGUGGGUCAACACUAUAUCAAUAUAUCUCCCGUAGAGAUUGAACAAUACCUGUUGACCCACCCGUCCAUCGCUGAAGUGGCUGUUGUGGGCGUCAAUAACAAGGCGGGCACUCACCGGCCCCGGGCUUAUGUUGUGCUCAAAGCUGGACGUAGUAUUAACAGCUCUGAGAUUGAGAAGUUUGUUUCAGACACUCUGGCGUAUACUAAACAACUGACCGGUGGUGUGCUAUUCGUGGACCAUAUCGUGAGGACUAGUAUUGGAAAAGUCGACCGAAAAUACUAUAGAAAUCUUGUAAAGGAAGAAAUUCUUGAUUAA